AUGCCGCGAGAUCGCGAAAAGUAUGAUAGACGAGAAAGGAGAUCUAGAUCUCCUUAUAAUAGAGAUAAUAGGGACAAUAGAGACAAAGACCGAUAUCGAGAACGGGAUAGAAGAGAGCGUAUCAGGAGAUCACCAGAGAGAAAUAAUCGUUACCGCUCUCGUUCUCGUUCUCCUCCUAACCGAAGAGAACGAGCCUUAAGUCCUCGUAGUACUGAUCGUGAUCGUAGAGACGAAAGGCAUGAUCGUGAUCGUAGAAAUAAAUCACGAACUCGUUCUCCAAAAAAAGAAGAAACUGGUAAAUCUUCAGGAGAAGCUCCGAAUAAUCCUUUAAAUAACAUUAAUCCGGAUGAAGAUCCUGAACAAGCAUUGAAGAUGUUUAUGGGAUUAACAUCAUUUGGCACCACAAAAGGUAAGAAAGUCACAGGUAAUGACUUUGCGGCGGUUAGCAUUAAAAAACAACGCCAAUAUCGACAAUACAUGAAUAGGCGUGGUGGGUUCAACAGACCACUGGACAAAAUUCAAUGA